AUGACUUUUCCCCAGUUUGACAACUCUCAAUACAGCGUGGGAUGGAUUGCUGCGCUGCCACAUGAGAGAGCGGCAGCGGAGGUCAUGCUUGACGAGGAGCACGCGCCGCCGCAACGCAAACACGAAAACGACAACAACAUAUACACCCUGGGAGCUAUUACUGGACCGAAUGGCAAACAUAAUGUGGUUAUCGCAAGUCUUCCGUCUGGCCGAUAUGGCAUCACACCAGCAGGAACGGCAGCAACACAAAUGCUCUCGAGCUUCCCCGCGAUAAAGUUUGGCCUAAUGCUUGGCAUCGGCGGUGGCGUGCCAAGCAGCGACAACGAUAUCCGUCUAGGUGAUGUCGUUGUCAGUCAGCCAGACGGUUCGUUUGGUGGCGUCAGGCAGUAUGAUUGCGGAAAGGCAACUACUCAGGGUUUUGAGGAGCGAGGAGCGCUCAACUCGCCACCUCGAGUUUUACUCAAUGCCAUGGCAGCGCUUCAAAGCGAACAUGAGAAGAAGGGAAGCGCAGUACCCAGUAUACUGCAGUCUGUGUAUGCGAAAUACCCGCUUAUGGCGAAGCCAAGAUCAGGUCCUGGGUACAUCUAUCAAGGCGUAAGCAAUGAUCGACUAUUCCUGCCAGAAUACUUACACCAAAACAACAAGAAGAACUGCAGCGACUGCGACAAGGUGAACGAAGUCGAUCGUUCGGAACGGUCAGAUGAAGAUCCCUACAUUCACUAUGGCACCAUCGCAUCGGGAAACAUGGUCGUAAAGGAUGCACAAAUUCGGGACCUGAUCUCCGGGACGUGUCUUUGCUUUGAAACGGAAGCAGCUGGCUUGAUGAACGACUUUCCUUGUCUUGUGAUCCGUGGGAUCUGUGACUAUUGCGAUUCUCAUAAGAAUGAUAGGUGGCAAAGAUACGCUGCUGCCACGGCUGCGGCUUACGCGAAGGAGCUUUUGCGGAUCACGGAUGUUGUUGAUGUUACUGGGACUCCAGAAGCAAGGAAGGUCAUGCAUGAGUUGCAAAGGGUCAACCAAAGUUUGCAAAGAGUUAACGAAAACGUUGUCCAGAUACAGACAGAGGUAAAGGAAGGAUUUGGAGAUUUGCGAGCCGCGCGCGAACGUACCGAUAUCCUCGAAUGGCUCACUCCAAUGGACUAUGACUUACAGCAAAGUGAUUUCUUGAGCAAGCGGCAAAAAGGCACCGGAGAAUGGCUAUUGCGAUCAGACGAGUUCCAAAACUGGAUAAAACAAACUGAACAUACUUUGUUCUGUCCGGGAAUCCCAGGGGCAGGAAAGACAAUUAUAUCUUCCAUUGUUGUGGACCACCUGAUUGAGAAGUUUGGAUACGAUACUGACGUCGGCAUUGCGUACAUAUACUGCAGUUACCAACCACACCAAGAGCAAAGGCCCGAAGAUCUCCUCGCGAGUAUUGUGAAACGACUAGCCCAGAAGAAGCCGGAGAUGCUGUCCGAACUCAAAAUAUUUUAUGACCAUCACAAAGUCAAUGGCAUCAGGCCCUCUUUUGAGGAUUACAUCAAGUUCCUACAAUCCUGCGUCAAGCUGUUCUCCAAAGUAUUCAUCGUCAUAGAUGCUUUGGACGAAUACCACGCCUCUGAUAACGCGACAUGGAAGCGGAUAUUGGUGUUGAAGGAACUGACAGUUCGGGGAGCGGCGAGUAUAAAUCUCUUUGCAACUUCCCGUUCAAUCUCGGAAGUCACUUCAGAGUUCAAAGGGUGCACUUGGAAAGAGAUUAGAGCACAGGAUGGCGAUAUCCAGACAUAUCUGAACGAGAGAAUACCACAGUUUCGAGCUGCACUGCAGUUUGCAGAGAGACCAGAGUUACAGGACACGAUACGAAAGGAUCUGAUAGAGGCAGCAGACGGAAUGUUCCUUGUUGCAAAGAUGCUUGUUGAUUCUCUUGUCAGCCUUCCCACACUGGGACACAUCAUUGAGAGCAUGAAAGACCUUCCCCGGGGAGAGUCCGGUUUGAUCACAAUGUACAAGAAGGCAAUGGAACGAAUCGACGGACAAGACGGAGAGUGUCGACGAAUCGCAAAACAGGUUCUAUCUUGGGUUACAUAUGCCAAACGGGCGCUUUCGACCACCGAGGUCCAGCACGCCGUUGCCGUUCAUGCACGACAAAAGAAACUGGAUAAAGACUUCCUUCCCGAGAUUAAAGUCCUCGAUUCUCUAUGCGCUGGUUUAAUUACCGUGGACAAGAACAGCGAUAUAAUAAGACUGGUUCACUACACCACACAGGAGUACUUGGAGUCGUCGAGAUCGUUACCAAUCGCCCACGGAGACAUCGCAACGACCUGUGUUACAUACCUUUCAUUCGAUGCCUUUGCAGGCGGAGCUUGUGCGAAUACCGAUGGCCUGAAGCAACGGUUUCAAUCAAAUCCUUUGUAUGGCUAUGCCACCCUUCACUGGGGAUACCACGCUAGAGAGGCUGCCGUAGACGCAGCAAAAUUGAUGCCGUUCCUCAGGGAUAAAGAAAAGGUUCGCGCUGCAGGCCAAGCAAUGCUGGCUUCCACUCCCGAUAGCGAAACUAUGCUUGUGCCAAAACGAAGCUCCAAGCCCACGGGCAUACAUCUCGCAGCGUACUUUGGGCUGAAGGAAGCGAUGACAAUUAUGCUCCGAGAUGGGGCAACUACACAGCUUGACGACCAGCCGACGCCACUAGCAUUUGCCUCGGUCAAUGGACAUGUUUCGGUAGUUCGUUUAUUGUUAUCUCACGGGGCUCAUCCGGACUCGAAAAAAGAUGACAAGAGUUUCUCUCCGCGAACGCCCCUAUGGCUUGCAGCAGUCAAGGGACAUGUGAAGGUGGUUGAACUGUUGAUUGCAAAGGGAGCUGAUCCGAACGUUCGGGAUGAUGAAGGACGAACACCUAUUCUCCAGGCAGCAGCUAGAGGCCAUCAGGAAGUGGUAAAGCUUUUGAUUGCGAACGGUGUCGAUCCAGACACUCAGUCCGCUGGCAAGUCUUACGUGAAGUGUACGCCUUUAUCGUUUGCGGCGGCGAACAACCAUCAAGCCAUAGUGCAUAUCCUACUAGGUACCGGUCGUGUGGAUGUCAAUUCUCUAGACUUUUCCGGCUGGACACCACUAUUCUAUGCCGCAGAAAAAGGUCACGAGGCAGUAAUGAAGUUAUUACUCGCCAAUGGCGCCCAUCCAGAUCUGACGGAUAUCAGUAAGCGGACACCGCUCUCCAUUACAGCAGAAGGCGGGCAUCAUGCUGUGGUGAGACUCCUACUUGCGGAUAGCCGCGUCGAUCCGCACGUCGAAGAUGACUGUGGGAGAACACCACUCUCAUAUGCUGUAUGGAGUGGUGACGAAUCGUCAGUCGAGCAGUUACUACAACGCGGCGUCAACUUGAAUUGUGCUGAUAUCGACGGACGGACUGCUCUGUGCCUAGCCGCCGGGACCGGACACGAGGGCAUUAUCAAGACGUUGCUUGGCAAGGAUGGAGUAUUACCAGAUCCCAAAGACAAAGGAGGCCGAACACCAUUGUGUUUAGCGGCGAAGCAAGGAUACACUGGAGUGGUGAAGCUGUUGUUGAACACGGGCAAAGUCAACCUGGAUCACAAAGACAACACGGAUUGCACGCCAUUGUUGCUAGCAACUGAGAAAGCGCAAAACGCAGUCGUUGAGCUGCUCGUUUUGAGUGGUGCGAACCCAGAGUUGGCAGAUAAGGAUGGCCGUACGCCAAUACUAUGUGCCGCUGAGAACGGGAACGAGCAAGCCAUCAGGAUGUUACUCGACCUUGGAGUGUCUUUCAGCCCACAGGAUAAGGAGCAGAGAAAUUUGCUAUGGUGGGCAGCAGAAAAGGGCUACGAAGCAAUAGUCAGAGAGUUGCUCGAGUCGGGAGCCGAAGAAGUCCGCGACUCUAAAUUCUCCCAGACACCGUUGUCAUGUGCUGCGGAGAGAGGGCACAGCACUGUGGUGAAGCUUCUUAUUGCACAUGGUAGUGACCCAGAUUCCGGUGAUAAGGAUGGCCGGACUCCAUUAUCAUGGGCAGUGGAAUGCAAGCAUAAGUCUGUUGUUGAGAUGCUUCUCGCCAAUGACAAGGUGAAUCCAGAUGCGGCAGAUCGAUCCAGUAGAACGCCAUUGUCAUACGCAGCAUGGACGGGGGAUCUUGUGUUUAUUCAGCUACUCCUUCAGCAAAGGACGGUGAAGAUUAACUCUGCAGACAAAAGUGGUCGAACACCACUCUCAUUCGCAGCAGAGAAAGGACACCUACCGGCGGCCAAGUUUCUGCUCGCACGCGGUGCCUACGUGGACCUUUCUGAAAGCGAGCAUAGCACACCAAUAGUGUUAGCCAAGAGAUGCAACCACCAGGAGAUAGUUGAUCUGCUCCUCGACAGGCUAGCCAUCACUAGAGACAUCCCCUAUCGUCCGAGGACAUCCCUACUCUGGGCUGUUGAGAGUGGCUACGAAGUUCUCGUCAAGUUCCUACUGGAGAAUGGCGCCAAUGUCAACAGCCUAGACUGGGAUGAGUCGACGCCACUGUUCAGGGCUAAGAGCGUGCCCAUAGCGAAGUUGUUGAUCGAAUUUGGCGCUGAUGUCAAUCAUCAAAACAAGUCCUACCGCUGGACACCACUCAUGAAUGCGGUAAUAACGGCUGAUGUUUCGGUUGUGGAAUUCCUGCUCCAAAACGGAGCUGAAGUCGAUGCAGUGAAUAGCGAUGGCCGGACGGCAAUGGUGCUUGCGUGUCAGCGAGGACAUGAAGGCGUCGUUAAAAUGUUGCUGCAACAUGGCGCGGAUCCCAAGUUGGUGAAAAAUUGGGCGAGCAGGUUUCCUGGGGUUUCUGCUCAGAGUGUUGAUGAGCCGGACUCUGCCACGGGUUCCUCUGGUGGUAGUCGCAGUUUAGUGGCAAGACUGCUGCGAAGAUAG